GACCAACAGGUAUCUGAACACUCUUUGACCUGUGGAUCGUCAAGCAAGUAUAAAAUCACAGGCAGCUUGGAUGAUGAGAACGCACCAGCUCGGCGAUCUACUAGACUUGCUAACAUGUCCCACCCGCACCAGGACAACGGUUAUGGCUUUAACUAUGACAGCCAUUCCUUUAACUACGACAUGGAUAACAACACGCAGGGAAUACACCAAGUCGUGCUUCCCCACCAAGUAAGCGGACAUUCGUCUUUUGGGGUGAACAGUUCUUCUUCAGCAUCGUCUUCUGGUACGUCUCACGGCGCGGAGGUGUUUGUCCCGAUGAAUCUUCCGCGGGGUAAAAGAAACGGCUCGACUGUGCUUUUCCAGGUCGGUGCAGAAAGGAACAGUCUGAGCAUUCCAUUGGAGGAGUGUCUUCAGCCCGGCGGUUCACCGCGUUUGAAAAAUCCCCACGAGAUCAUGUUCCCGACCCUCAACCGUACUCAGGUCCCAUUCCUCAAGCUCGUCAUCGCUUGGUCUGGCUACGAUGCCGUGGAGUACCUUAUUAACAUUGGGACGAAUGAAGCGCCUAUCACAAGGGCUGAUCUCGCGCGUCAGAUUGCGUAUUCGUUUGUCGGAUUUUUCAACCUAUGCAACGACGGUAUUCUCCCUCCGAGGUCUCUCUCGUGGAAAGUCGGAGGGCGAGAUGGAUAUUCGUUUCAACAGAUGCACCUCUCAGCAUUCUGGAACAUCGAAGGCAAUUCCUGGGCUGCCUCCAUCAGAGUCCUCCAACAGACCUAGCGCUGGUUGCGCGUGUCAAGGGCAAUAACCUCGUCCUCUCCCAUAUCGCCACAAUUUGUAUAUUAUUCUGUAGAUACCCACAUUGUAUCUAAAUGCCAUGUAUUUGAGGACCUAUGCACUGUAAUAUAAC